AUGGAGAGGGUGGCGGUGCUGACGCUGCUCCUGCUGGGACUAGCUGCGGCGGCGAGCGCUCAGACAGCCUCCAACGUGCGGGCGACAUACCACUUCUAUAACCCGGCCCAGAACAACUGGGACUUGCUCAGGGUGAGCGCCUACUGCUCGACGUGGGACGCCAACAAGCCACUGUCGUGGCGCCAGAAGUACGGCUGGACGGCCUUUUGCGGCCCCGUCGGCCCCCGCGGGCGCGACUCCUGCGGCCGCUGCCUGCGGGUGACCAACACCCGCACCGGCGCCCAGGCCACCGUCAGGAUCGUCGAUCAGUGCAGCAACGGUGGCCUCGACCUCGACGAGGGCGUCUUCCGCCAGAUCGACACCGACGGCAACGGCUAUCAACGCGGCCACCUCAUCGUCAACUACGCCUUCGUCGCCUGCUGA